UAGGGGUGGUGGCUGAAGCCGACAGCAGACCCAGCCCAGCACCACCAUGCUCGCUCUAGAGGCUGCACAGCUCGACGGGCCACACUUCAGCUGUCUGUAUCCAGAUGGUGUCUUCUAUGAUCUGGACAGCUGCAAACACCCCAGCUACCCCGACUCAGAGGGGGCUUCUGACUCCCUGUGGGGCUGGGACCUCAGUCCAGCUGUCCCAGCCACCUCCUAUGAAGCCUUCAACCCGGCUGUGGCCAACUUCAGCCAUCCUCAAGGAAUCCAGCUCUGUUACGGACCCUCGACCUACAGCCCCGUGGGGAGCCUGGACCCAGCCCCCAGUGUAGAGGCCCCGGGGCCCAGCUUCCCAGCAUACCCCACAGAUGACUUCACCAGCCAGACCAUGGGCCCCCCGGCGUAUGCCCCGUACCCCAGCCCUCUGCUGUCGGAGGAGGAAGACCUCCUGCUGGACAGCCCAGCCCUGGAAGUUUCAGACAGCGAGUCGGAUGAGGCCCUCAUGGCUGGCCCUGAGGGGAGGGCAUCUGAGGCAGGGGCCCGCAAGAAGCUCCGCCUGUACCAGUUCCUGCUGGGUCUGCUGACGCGCGGAGACAUGCGCGACUGCGUGUGGUGGGUGGAGCCGGGCGCCGGGGUGUUCCAGUUCUCCUCCAAGCACAAGGAGCUCCUGGCGCGCCGCUGGGGCCAGCAGAAGGGCAACCGCAAGCGCAUGACCUACCAGAAGCUGGCGCGCGCCCUGCGCAACUACGCCAAGACCGGCGAGAUCCGCAAGGUCAAGCGCAAGCUCACCUACCAGUUCGACAGCGCGCUGCUGCUCGCCGCCCGCCGGGCCUGAGCCCAGUGGGGGGGCUCUCCGGGGCUCCACGUCUGCGUCACGUUGGCGUCCCCACUCUAGGUCAUAGGACCCGUGGAUUCCCCACGCUGUUGGGGGUGGGCGGCUGCCAUAAUCCCUAAGCUCUGCCCAGGGCCCCUCUGGGACUCCACCCCACCCCAAUCAUGUCUAGGGCCCCUCUGGGAUUUCCUUGUCAUGUUCGGGAUCGCCAGGAUCCUCGUGUCUUGGGUCACAGAACCCCUGGAGGACUAUACUCUGUGUCUGUGCGGAGGGGGUGGGCAGGACCCUGCUUCCAGAUCGCCUUGUGGUGUCUGAGAUCGUCCAACCAAGCUCUCUGAGCUCCCUUGUGUGUCUGGGAUUCCUCAGUCUCAUCUGGGGAGGGUGAGCUCACAGCUCAUCACACAGGGAGGGGGUUGCUGCUUGUAACCCUAAGCCCCGUCCAGCCAGGGUCUCUCUGGGAUCCCCUUCUCAUGUCUGACACUCUCCUAUCAGAUCUGAGAUCUCCUACUUAUGUCUGGGGCCUUCUGGAAACCCUCUAUCAUGUCUCAAAUCUCUAUGCCCAUCUGUGACUCUCUUGUCCUGUUCCCCAAAAUAUGUUUGUCAUCUUGAGAUCCCUCAAUUCUCUGGAGCCACUGUGCUAUCACUUUUUGUGCGUGUCUGGAAUUCUCCAAUCACAUCCAGAGUACCUCUGGGAUCCUUUGGGCCUGUCUAAAAACAACCUUGUCAGGUCUAUGGGAGACCUCGGUGAACUCUGUCUUGUCCAGGCCACCUCUGGGAUCCCCUGGUCUGUCUGGGAUCCUUCCAAUCACAACUGGGGCCUCCCUGGGAUCCCCUAUCUGCUCUGCCCCUUUGGGGACCCCAUCAGCAGACCUGAGUUCUCACAGGGAUCCUCCCCUUCCUGGAGUGCACUCUGUAGGGCCAAGCUAGAGAUCAUUCUGGCCAGUCAACUGAUUUCCGGGUGAUCUUGGCAGCUCUCCCAUGUCAUCUCUAACCAAAGGUCUCACAUUGGUACCCCUACCCCUCUAGCUCCCUUUGGGGCAAAUCAGAUCUCUGGUGGUGGGUCCUUCUUUAGUUCCCUGCAGCAGUGAGGGAGAUUUUACAAACUCCUUCCCUUCAGACUUUGCACGAUCCAACAAAGGUGGGCAGCUUUGCGGUGCAGAGAGGCUGGAGGAGGGUGCCGGGCACCCUUAACGGGGUGCCUGUUCUCCAGUCUGUCCCAGUCCCCGCUGCCCCUGGCUGUCAGACCCCAGUGGCUUCUUUCAGUCGCUUCUUGGCCCCUGACCAUUUGUGUUUUCAGCCCUGGUGUGAACCCAUGGAGGUGAAGCUUGGGUUCACCGUGGGAGCUCUGAUUUGAACCCUGUGGGGGUGUCACAGACUGUGGGCUAAGAUGCCAGAGUCCCAGUCCUUGAGUCUUUGUGACUGGGGGAUCUAGGGUGAAAGAUUUGCUGCUUCUGGGCCUCAGUUUGUCCCUUCUGUGAAAGGGGAGAGGAGGAGGAAGAUAGAAAAAGUCCCCUGCAGCCCUGCUGAGCCUUUGAUGCAUCUUCUGGAAAUCUACCCCACCACCCAUUCAUUGACGUCCAGGAGGAGGACGACAAGGAAGGAACUUCAAAGACCCAGAGAGGGAAAAGGUCCUUAUGGGGCACACAGCUGCUGGUAGCAGAGCCCAGGCUGGGACCUGCCCUCCCAAGGACAGCACACACCUUCACACUGGAAUGGGGGCAGGGUGGGAAGGGAGUGCCAGGGACAAAAUGUUCCCAGGGCCUCCUCUUGCAAAUGAGGUACCUUUUGCAAAAACUAUCAUCAUCACCCCAAGUGUGGAAUGAAAUAAAAUAAAACAAAUCAAGGUAGACAGGCUUCCUAGGACCCUUUGUUAGGGAUGGCGCUCUGUCGGCCCAGGCCUGCUGACUGGCAGAGACACUGAGGCGUAGGCAAGGCGGACCACAAGAAGGGAUGGAAGAGGAGUUCAGAGCCGCAUCAGGCUGAGCUUUGAAGGCCGCGGUAAAGGGCUUUAGAUGCAGACACUGCUGGUUCCGUUCAAUUUUUGUCUGUCUCUCUUUUUUUAUAAAGAUUUUUUAUUUUGAACCAAUCUCUAUACCAACCUGGAGCUCCGACUCACAACCCCGAGAUCAGGAGUCGCCUCUUCUUCCGAGCUGAGACAGCCAGGCUUUCUCGCUCUCUUCCCCACUGUCUCCCUGCUCCCCUUUCCAUCAAGGUGUCUGUCCCCCCCCCUUCUGAAUUUCUCCCCUUCUCUGUACGUCUGGAUACAGCACUCGGACAGGCAGAUAGAGCCGGAGGCUCCCGGCGGCGCGUCGCGCUCUGGCUCCAGCCACUACACCACGCAGCUGGGCGCGCAUGAGCGGUGUGGCUGUCUGCCUAGCAACCCGUGACAUCAUACAGAGGCUGGCGCGGGGUUGGCUUGGCGCUCCACAGAGGCGGGGCAGUUUCCGGCUCGCAGGGGGUUUUGGAAGAGCCGGGAAGGGGGAGACCGAGAGGAAGAAAAUCGGGAGGGACGUGUAUUCACUCAAACCUGCUCCCUCCGCCGGAGUUACUUCCUCUCCCAUCCUCCGCCUUAACCCCAAACCCGCACUCCCUACUCCCUCUCACACUCACCUCGCCUUCCUCCCCAUAACACCCACUGCCUCUCAGAGACCCCUCUCUUCACCCCCCCACCCCGCUUCUGGCCUCCUUCACCUCCCCCCAUCCGGCGUCCAGCCACCCCCCCCCCCCAUUCUGAAAGCCACAGGUCCCCCUGCUGGGAAGGGCGCCAACGUCCGGGCAGCCCUCCAGGGCCUUCCCGGUCUCCCCACCCGCCCCGCUGGGGGGCACUCGUCCCCCUCCCCCGCGUCCGGUGCCCGCCGCGCCCGCUCCGGGAACCGUCGAGUGGAGCCGGCCGGCUGGGUCCCAGGAGGGGCACGCGGCCAAUCCCGGGUCCCAGGUGGCCGCGGCCGCAGGCCUUCAGAUGUGCUCUCGCCCAGGGGCGGGACUCGAGAGUCCUCGAGCCUCCGUGCCUUCCUGCGGGCACAGAGAUCGCCUCCCCACCCCCGCAGCCGUCUUGCCCACGCUGGGAAACCGAACCCUCCCUCGCAGCUCCGGUUUCCCGAAAACUCCUGACUUGCAGAUACUAAGAAUGGCUUUCUAGACGGUCUUCCCCUUUGGCCCCCACGGCAGAGUUCUGGCUCGGAGCCCUCACCCAUUUUAGACCCUAGCCCCUUCAUCUCCCGCCUCCCAGGAGUCAGGAGUCCAGGCCCUCGUCCUCCAUUUUCCUGGACCCAAGAAUCCGAGCCCCAGACCCCAAUGUCCAGACCCUCCUCCUUCAGACGUGGGAGCCCUCGCCUCCAGCCCCCUCUUCCUGGGACCCGGGUGUCUGAACCCCAGGCCUCUCCUCCCCAGGGACUUGGCAUUUAGCCAUCUCUCGCGGUCCAGAUGUUCUUUCUCACCCUUCAGAACACGCCUGGCUGAAUGUGGGGCAGCAAGGAGGGCGGGGAGACCAGGCUGAUGCCUCCCACAGCCUCCUGGGAGUCUCUGGACUUCUUAAAGGGCUCCCCCUGGGGGCCCACCUGUUCGCCCCAGGGCGCUGAGGGACAAGCUGCGGUCUGAGGAGCCCAGGAGCGAGAUCUGCUGACAUGCCUGAGGCGAAACCAGAGGCUCCACCUGAGGACCAGUCUCCCACUGCUGAGGAGCCCACUGGCAUUUUCCUGAAGAAGCCAGACUCAGUGUCGGUGGAAAAUGG